GAGCGCGCCCCAAAGCCGUAGGCGGCGGCUUGUCCCGAAUUCCAACCGCCCUCUCGUCGUCGAAAUGUCCAGCCUGCGCCUGAGUGCCUCCGCCCGCGCAGCGACCAGCGCACUCGCUGCGCGCCGCGCGCUGCACCACAGUGCGGUGCGCGCGGCGAUCACAAGUUUCCGCAUGCCGGCUAUGUCCCCCACCAUGACCGAGGGCGGCGUCCACUCGUGGAAGGUCAAGGAGGGCGACUCGUUCUCUGCUGGGGACGUGUUGCUGGAGAUUGAAACCGACAAGGCAACGAUCGACGUUGAGGCGCAGGAGGAUGGAAUCAUGGGCAAGAUCAUCGUCGACGACGGUGCCAAGGGUAUCCCCGUCGGCAAGGUCAUUGCACUCCUCGCUGAAGAGGGCGACGACAUCUCCAACCUCGAACCACCUAAGGAGGACGACGCGCCUGCACCUAAGAAGGAGGAACCUUCAGCCAAGUCCUCCUCCGCAUCCCCUGCCCCUCCCCCCUCCGCCUCUCCCUCUGCAACCGCGCCAGCUGAGCCCAAGGCUGACGCGCACGAUUACCACCCGCCAGCGCACGACCGCCCGCUCUUCCCCUCCGUGCACCGCUUACUUGCCGAGAACAACAUCACAGACCUCUCGAAGAUUACGGGUACGGGGAAGCGCGGGAUGAUUACCAAGGGUGAUAUCCUUACCUUCCUGGGUCUCGCGUCUGGCCCCCUCGGCACCUUCACCCCGCCGGAGUCGCCUAUACCACAGAAGAUCCCCGCGGCUGGCAAGGAGGCGCUGCAGAAGCCCCUCGACGGUGCAGAAAUCCGCCGGCUCAUUGUUUCCACCAUGCUGCAGUCCUCGAUUAAGGCUCGUCAAGCUGCCGUCCCCACCCCAGUCGCCGAUUUCGACUCUGUCAUUGCGGACUACCUGCCCUCAAAGCCUGCCCCUGCAGCAACAACCUCGACACCCGCACCGCCAAAAGCCAAGAAGGUCGACGAUUUCUUGGAGGGUUUGAUCUGAGUAGGAAAGAAGCUUGGACGCAAUCGAAGCUCCAUAGGAUCCUUGCCACCCCCUUCCAUCUUACCUUAGAGGUCGCCCGUGUGCGUAUGUGCUAUCUGGUCUCCACUGUCCUCUCGUGCCGAUGAUGUUAGCAUUAGAGCCCGAUCGUAGAGCUUGGCAAUAAUAUGACUAUCCCUUCUAUAAGGAAGAAGGGACUUUUACUGAA